CUGCCGACAUGUACAAAUACAGACUUCUCUAGUAAUCUUAUUUGCAAAGGUGCUGUAAACACUAAUAAAACACAGAACUUCUCGGAACUACUUUCAGACGGAGAUGUCUUCAAAUCAUUCAUAAAGAAAAAUGAAACGUUGCCUAUUUAUGUCUCUCAAGUGUGCAGGUCUGCCACUCUUCAAUACGAAAAAGAAGUGACGGUGCAGGGAAUUGGAGCGUAUCGAUAUCUUCUGCCAACAACGGAAUUUGACUACUCACUACCAGACAAUUGUGGUUUUUGCAUCCCAGCCACUUUCAGCAAGUACGGAGCCUACGAUCGUCCAGUCAACUCUACUUGCCUUCCAUCUGGUCUGCUAGACCUCACUGGUUGUCAAGGCAUUCCGAUAAUCAUUUCAAAGCCUCACUUCUACCAAGCCGCGGAUAUCGUGCGAUCAUUUGUUCCACGGUUCAAGCCUACAUAUGAAAACGACGAGACCACGCUUGACAUCGAGCCGACCACCGGUACCGUAGUUGCUGCUCAAAAGCGACUUCAGCUCAACAUGCUUCUCAAUCAAUUUACAACAAUUGGAGCAUACAGUGUCCUUCGGCCGGGAGCCUAUCCACUGGUAUGGUUCAACGAGUCAUAUAUAAUGGACAAUGGAACACGGGAUGAUUUCAACUCAUCAUUAUUCAAACCAAAGAAAAUAAUCGAAAUAAUAUGUUGGUGUGCUAUCGGAGUAGGAAGUUUCCUGAUAGUUUUAUCUGCUAUUCUGUGCAUUGUCACUAUGUACUAUAUGGGGGAGAAAGACGAAGAUAAACGAGAUUAG